AAUGCGGCUUGACGACCACAUCCGUCAUUGCUUACUUCUCCCGUUCGAUAAGGGACACAAGACGAACGACUCGAAAGAGCAAGGAAAAGUUAUGAAUGGGAAGAAAGUGUUGGUGAUAGGGGGUGGAGGAAGGGAACAUGCCCUCUGCUGGAAGUUGGCACAGUCUCCUUGUGUUGACACAAUCUUUGCUUCCCCUGGGAAUGGAGGAACUUACAUCACUCGAAGAACCUCCAAUGUCAUAGUGAACCUCAAAUCUCAUCCAGUCAGUUCUCCUUUCACUCCCUCAUAUACUGCUUUCUUUCAUUCUGUGAUGAACCUCAAGUAUUGUUUGCCAAAUCACUCCUUACUUUCAUUUGCAUUGGUGGUGAAGGCAAGUGGACUUGCAGGAGGGAAGGGUGUGAUAGUGGCAGAGGAAAAGGAGGGUGCAUGCAAGGCUGUUGAUGACAUCACACAGGAGUUUGGUGAUGCCGGUCGAGUGAUCAUCAUCGAAGAAUGUCUUGAAGGCCAGGAAGUCUCGGUGAUGGCUUUUAGCGAUGGGAAGGAGCUGAAGAUGAUGCCAGGGGUUGGGGACCACAAACGCUUGUGUGAUGGAGACAAAGGCCCCAAUACAGGGGGAAUGGGGGCAUAUUGCCCAUCCCCAUUCCUUACCCCUGAAAUUCUUAGAAGGAUUCAUCAUGAGAUCCUGGAGAAAACCAUCUUGGCGUUACAGGAUGAAGGCAUUCCUUUC